AUGUUACAGGGGACCACCAAACUUCCAUGGAAAUUUUCACACCAUCCAGCUGCUGCUGGUACGUUUUUCACAGUCAUGCUACUUGGACUUAAAUUCUGCACAUGCCAGUAUGAAGGGAUCCUACAAAACGUUAGAUUGGGAAUUCAGCUGCUGGAAGAUGGGAUUUAUCGGGCUGCAUUAGGCUGGUUUGCUUACGAACCUGAAUGGUUUGAACAUGAUCAUGGAAAUUUUGCACACAUCGAGGCUCAAUCUGUUAAUUCAUUUGUUCACUAUCUCCAAAACGAUCCAAAAGCACUGGGUGGGGAAUAUGGGGGAUCUUUUCUUGACAUGGAUCACUGUCACCCUGUUUGGGGACCUAUGGAGAACUAUGCAGCUUGUAGAGAUAAGAGGAAGCAACUACUUUUAAUGUUGAAGAUCAGAAAUCGAAGGUUGCAAGUCAGAUUUGGGAUCGAAAGUCUGAGGUUUAGGGUACGAUCGGAAGCAUCAAGAUGCAGAAAAAAAAAAAGCGGAGGAGGCAUCAGUAGACUUCAAAACCCAUUUGUUGGGGCAGCUUUCCAAUCUUCCUUAAAGCCAAGAAACGUGAACUGUUUGGGUUAUCUUGGAAACAAAUUUCCCAGAAAAUCUCGGUAUGAUAUCAUUCCACGUGCCAAGAAAAACGACUGGAUAUCUCACGGGAUUAGGUUCUCACAAUCAUUCGGGGAAAAUGUUGAGAUUUUAUGGAAGAAUAUGGGAUUAAGAAGUGGGUUUGUGGUGAAGUCCGUGAAAGAGCCUUUCACUAGAAGCAAAGCUAUAGUUAGGUCAUUAUCCACAAUCUGGGAGGAAGGUUUGCUUCUAUUCCAGUGUUCUAUUUUCUAUGCUAUGAUAUCUGUUGUGUAUAAUCGCACAUUGUUGGCUGCUCAAAAGAGAAAAUAUUUGUGGUUAGGGAUACCCUUUAUAGAUGGCGUUCUUCAGAAGCAUUUGUCAACUGAAGAAGGUAUUGAUAAUCGUACAAAAAUUAGAAGAAAUGCUCAAGAGAAAACUGCAGCCCAGAGUCUUGGUGAAUCUGUUGCUUCAUCUGCUAAAGCUUCUCAAGCUAACAAUGUCAUUGUUGCUCUUGCUUCUUCACAAGACUUAACUCCUGAAUUGAAGCUUACAACUGCCUCACAAUAG